UAGAGCUAAUCACAGAAUAAACUGGUGAAAAUACAUUCGAAUUUAAACACGGUGAGCAAACUUCAUCGAGCGAGCGAUUAUUUAGAGAGACUUUCACCAUUCAUGAUCUAUACAGCAUACUUUGUAUGUGUACUUUUUCACACAAUACACACCAAACGUUUUACACAACACACUUUAAUUUGAAAAAUUGAACUUUUCAAACGAGGCACAUCCCGCCACCAAGUUUGGAAAAUGUUCCAGCCUGAAGAAACAGUGCAUGUGCCUGCCACUGAUACACCUGACUCUGUACAUGUCCCUGUCAACAUCUACGCCGAUUACUACCCAGUGUACUACCAUGUCCUGCCACCCGACUUCUACCCCAAACUCCCAAGGGUGAAGAUUGCUGUAAAAGAAUGCUUCUUCCCAUCUCCCCAGCCUCCUCAGAACCACCAGCCAAUUCUGCCCAGAAGGAAGAGCAUACUGGUACACAAUGAUGGAGGACGAGGCAUUACGGUCAGCAAGCUUCUGGGAGAAAGAGCCAUGUAUCCACCCAAGACCUGGUCUUUGCCCAAACAUGUAUCUCCACCCAAACCUGUGUCUUUGCCCAAACCUGUGUUUCCACCCAAACCUGUAUCUUUGCCUAAACCUGUGUUUCCGCCCAAACCUGUUUCCAAACAAACCUGUAUCUCUGCCCAAAUAUGUGUCUCCACCCAAACCUGUAUCUCUGCCCAAACCUGUGUUUCCACCCAAACCUGUGUCUCUGCCCAAACCUGCGUUUCCACUCAAACCUGUGUCUUCCUCUGAACCUGUGUCUCCCCAAAAGCCUGUUCUUCCACCUGAGACCAUGUCUCAACCGGAGCAUGUGUCUCCACCCGAGACUUUGUCGCAACCCAACCCAGAUGGCUACACCCACUAAUGUGGCCCUGUUUGUUUAUGGAGCCUUAAACCUAGUUCCUUAAACAUUAUAUGCCUAAGAGAAACUUGAAGCAUAAAAAAAGGGAGAAGAUCUUGCGUGAUGAGGUCACAUGGCCGAGAAGCUAGAGAUCUGAUUCGAAUAAUGAAGCUGCUGAGAUUUGAGGAUGUUCAAACAAUCGAUAAAACACAAAGGGCAUCCAUCGUUGUUUAUUUCUUACUAACAUCCAGCCAAAAUCCACAUGAACCUCUUUAUUACUUUAUAAUAAAUUAUAAAAAAAAUACUGUAAUAAAACAGAAACAAAUACUCGUCUGCAAAGUCAGAAACAUGUCGAUGCCUACUCAAAAACAGAAAAUCUCAGUCCUUAAUGAACAUCAAAGCUCAUAGCUACAGUCUGAAAGGGUCUGAGUUCACAAGUAACUGGGUUUAUUCACCUCUGAGUUAACACACAAUCUUAUAAUAAUAAACCUUAUAUGAAUUUUCA